AUCCAAAUAUAUACUCAAAACUCAAAAGAGAGGGGAAGCAGAAACCAGUGUAGCCAAAAGAGAAAAUGUUGAAAUUCUUGUCAAAAGUGAAAAUCGAAUUCAAUGCCUUAGAUCCACGAAUAGCUUCAUGUAUGGAAUUUUUGGCUCAAUGUAAUGCUCCUAAAGCCAAAGAAUCAAACCCAAGUUGCCAAAUUCAGGUCAAGCGCCGCACUGAUGACCAUCCACCGCAAAUCUCUGUCACUUUCGUCAAUGGAGUCGAGCAGACCUAUGAUGCUACUUCUACACCCGCACAGAACAUCCGUACUAUGAUUCUUGAAAAGGGUCAGUACCUUGAGACUGAACAGAUGUUUCGUGAAGCUGGUGAGAAAUGGCCUGUUAUUAUUCCUGAUGAAGAGCUUAAACAACCAUUUCUUGGAAUAAAGCCAAAGAAAGCAGAAGAGAAGAAGCAAUAGUCGAAGCUACUCACACCUAGCUUCUCAUCGGGGCAUUUUUUCAGCGUUAGAUCAGCUAUAUGACAUUCCAGAGAGAUGAGUCUUCAACUAGGGGCAAAGCUAGUUUUUUGUGGCAUUUAUGUUAACAAGAACAUUAUAUUUGUACUAGAUGAUGAAUUUGCUAUCCUUUUGUAUUGUGAGACUUUGAAAUGUCUUCCCAAUCCUCAUUUCUCCAAUCCUUGCAAAAGAAUAAAAUUCCCUUCCAAAACGUUUGAUCUCAUUUUGGAAUCGACUCUAA